GCUGUGUGUGAAUCUCGUGCUCGCUCAUUCGCGCUGCAGACUCUCGUGCAGGCUUUUAUGAUCUAAGUGAGGAGCUACGACUAAUUACCCUUAGGCCCCAAGGGCAAAGAGUCAUAUAUAUACAUCAUCUACUGCCAAUAUUUAAUAUCACUGUAAUCCCGGUGCCAUUUCGGGCUUUCAACAUGGGGAAAAAGCUCUCGACAUGGACGCUUCUAGUGGUCUUUUCUCUGCUGGUAGUGAAAGGAGUAAGUCAGGAUCUGGACUUGGCAGAUGCGUUUGACGAAGAUGAACCAACUGCCCCACCACCUAAAGUGGACCCAGCAGGUGGUGCAGGAGGAGCAGGUGAGGUGAAACCCAGUCUUAAACCUGUUAAGCCCACAGUCAAGGAACCAGCAAAGCCCAAGCCCAAACAAACAGAAGAGACAUUCACUGAUUUGUUUGACGCCACCAUUCGGCCGGGCCUGUUGCCCCGAACACCCCCUAGUCCUCUCCAAACCUCUGUUCCCCCUCGGAAAGCCCAGUCUGAUUUUGGGGACUUGGAUCUUGAAGACGCCCUGAACCCCGACAAUGAUAUCAGAGGAAAGGGCAAAGACUCUGGAAAAGGCGAUAAAGACCUCGGAGGAGGGGGCCGUGAUGACGGCAAACCCAAUAGCAGAGGUGGAACUGGUGGUAGUCAAUUCUCAGACGAUGACCUUGUGGAUGUGGGCAGUGAUAACUCUUACAAACCUGACAAAGGCAAAGGUGGAAGAGGUGGAAGUAGUGGCGGAAGCAGUGACAGAAACGGUGGCAGUGAUUUGGAUCCUGCUGAUGACAGCUACGACACCAUGGCUGAGACUGGAACCAUUGCUGGUAUUGUGAGCGCUGUUGCUAUGGCUCUGGUCGGUGCAGUGAGCAGCUACAUCUCCUACCAGAAGAAGAAGUUGUGCUUCAGCAUACAGCAGAGUCUGAAUGCAGAUAUGGUGAAAGCCGAUGCCCCAGAUGCUGUAGUUGCACAGGAGCCACAAGUUCAACAAACUCUUCUCCAGCCUCCCAAUGCUGAGCCGCCGACAGAGGAAAAUGCAGUGUAAUCUGAAAUGCAUCAUCCAAACUAAAGAGGGCGCAGUUCUAAAUCGUUGUUCUCCAAUUUGAAUGCCACUGUAUUUCCCAGCGCAUUUGCACCACAAUGCCCUUUUUGAAGUACCAAUGUGACUGUUUAAAUCAACCUUAAAUAUAGUCUAAUAAUGUUUUUAAAUUCUAUUUUAACUGUUCACAUGCAACAAUGUAGUAAGCCUGUUUGCAAUAAUAUUGCUAUGAAAUGGAAAACACCUAAUAAUUUUCGCAUGAUCUGCUGAGACCCAAGAAAUCACACUUGGGUCUUUUUACAGAGGCCCAUACAAAGAGUCCUACAGACACUGCGCUAGUCUUUUUGUUUGUCAGUUUAGCCCAUCAUUCCUAUUGUGCACAAAUGCAUAUUAAUGUGAUACGAGUGAUUAAUCCAAGGUUUACAAAAACAGCAGAUUGGAUAAUCAUAGAAAUCUGAUUUUAAAGGUCAAGACUGUUUUCCUUACACUUUCACAGCAAGACAGGCUUAACAGAUCAGUUGCUGUGGAAUCUGCAAUUGAAAAAAAAAGAUGAAGGAUUUGUGAAGGUUUUUAUUGUUGUUGUUGUUGAUGUUUUAACAUGUUCUGUAUAUAUUUGCCUUGCUUUCACAGCAAUGUGAAAAGAUUGUUACACAUAUAUGCAGGUUUUUGUGUCUUAGUGAACUUUUUACUAGAGUGACUUUUUGAGGAAAAAAAAAAAAAAAAGACGAACACCUAAAGUCAAAAACUAACCAACAGCUGCUUCCUUCUAAUUUGCUUUAAAAAAAAGAAACAAUGACUAAAAUUGGUUUAACUGUGAAGAUGUGUUGACGUGUGUUGAUGAAGAAGCCGUGUUGACUGCAUUUGUGCGUGUUAGUUGGAUGUCAGUGGUUGCGAUUCCUUCUUUUGAGGAAUAGUUUGAUUCAGCGUGAUCGGAAUGAGUAGAUACAUUAGCGUCAAGUAACUUGUGGGUGGAAGUAACCGAAGUUGUGUUUUCAUGUUAGCGCAAUACUUAGUCUAGUAACUCUUCGUAUCGCUAAUUCUGAUCCAUCGCCUUUUGUGGGGUUUUAAGGGGUUAAUGUGCUUGUAUAUUGCAUAACGUUUCCAAGUUUGUACUCAAAACCGUUGUAUCAGUGUAUCUCUAUUUACACUUGUAGCAGUAAAUGUACAUAAAUGUUUGUGCCCCCCACUCCUUUUGGAUUACGGGGAGUAGUUUUUUCGCCCUAGCUUAGUGUUUGUAUCGUUUGUAGCAUGUUUGAGCUUUAGCUUUGAGACUUUUUAGAGACCUGUUACACCCUCGCUAGUUUUGCUAUUGCCUUAAUGAGUCUCCAGCUGCUUUCCCAUUUUGCUAAUUUCCCCCACUUCAUUUGCCAAGGGUCUGAGCUUGACCAGAGCCCUCAUUUCUCCUGAUUUGGAAGGCCACCAUCUAGAAAUGGCAAGUUAGCAAAACCAGAUUAAAAAGCGGCUCAGUCCUUACCAUCCUCUCCCCCACUUGAGAUGCUCCAGAUUUUCCUGUAGCUGUUGUUUUUCACUGUGAAUUCAGGUGCACCUUUGUUACCCUCAACCCAAGCCCUCGCCAAUGGUGCUUUCCUUCCCAAUGCCUUACCACGCUAACAUUAGGGAAGACACGCUAGCUUACUAACACAGCACUAACAGUCACGACCGUUAGAAGGGCUGCCUCACUUGAAUGUCUACAAACUAGACGUACUAGGUUACGUAUGUUGUUCCAGUUCAAAGGUGUGGUCACAUUCUCUGAAAUUUCGCAGGCAAAAAUGUCCAGCAUCAAAUGCUGUUUGCUCACGCAAAUCACUUUCAAACCACAUGGCUUUCUGUUGAUUUGUGUGACUAACUUGCAUUGCGAAUUCUGCACGCCGAAAUCAUUUGCCCUUGUGUAAAAUUCCUGAUCACAUUGAUUCUUGUUGAAAUUACGCAUGCAAAAAAAAAAAAACACAGAGCAACGGUAAAUGUGACCUCACCUUAACACUAUUGCAGUUUAAACACAUCUGAAAUAUUGUUUACUCACACGCCCAAGAUAAAGCAGAUUUGCGAGUCGAAUGGUAAUGAUGUCAGAGACAUAUCGGCACAGAAUGUUGCCUGGUACUUUCCUUUAAAGGCACGUCCUACCAAGGCUUUGGUAGAGUAUCUAGGGUGAAAAUCAACAAAGAGAAUGUUAGCUGAAUGUAACUCUUUUUACUGCUUUGGCUACCAGAACAAAUGUAGCUUUUUUGGUGCUACACUUGUUAGAAAUGAAGAACACCAAAGAUGAAAUGUGAUGGUUUUGCCUUUUUGCAUGUUCUUUGACUUUGGUGUGAGUCUAGUGAUCCAGUGGAAUGAAUUGAAACAGCUGAGUGAAAGGUACAACGGUCUUGGUUAAGGCAAAUGUGGAAAUUCAAAAGUGUCUUGAACAUUUUCGACAACAUUAUAACCUGUGUUGAACUGCUUACAGAUUUGUUGCUGUGGACGCAUUAUGUGACUGUUAAAACCUCCCUAAUUCCUUCAAUUGACCAUCUACAUUUCUGGGUACUAAUAGUUCAUAUGGUGGAUGUUGCAUUUGUAAGGAUCUCUGGGCUCUCUCUGGUGUCGUUUGGCCAGUAUAGUUGCAAUUUUGUCAAAACAAGGGUGUACGCGCUGAACUGUACAGAUACGCAUGUUUUGGAUUCUAGCUGUAGAUAUUAAAGGUUUUUCUUGUGUACUGGGUUUAUUUAUUAACUUGAAAAAUUUGUUAUUGGGACAUACGUUUCUGAAGUGUCUUGAUUUGCACUGCCAGUUUAUGGUACUGCCACAGAUCAGACUGUAAUGCUAUAGCUUUAACUGUCAUUGAAUGAACUUAAAUUUGGCUUUGAUGUGAACCUCAGAAAUACUGACUUUCAGCAUAAAAUCACACAGUUUAUAUAUCAGUGCCUGCUCACUCAAAUACAGACUGUGAUAAAAACACAAUUAACUGCACAGAUAUCAACUGGCAAUCCUCUUCUAGACAUUUUAAUAUUCAAAUGUACUCAAAUUUCACUCUAUCUCACUUGGUGGUAAAAGAUCGGCAUAAAGAAACCCAAUAAUAAACAAUUUAUCUUG